GAUUCGCAGUCUGCCCUUGAGGAAUUUCUUAUUGAAGAAGGCGGCGGGAACGGCGGCCCACACCCCCAGCACCUGGCUUUCGAGCGGGCUCCACGGGUCCGGGUCCGGGUCCGUUUCACCCUUCGCCAGCUGAGGCCCCGUUCGAACAGCUCUCCCAACUACAACGCGAAGGCUCUGACGCCCCGGCCCCAGCUGGCUUCGUUUUGCCUCCGGGAGCCGCGCUCCACCGGGGACCCAAGGGGAGCCGUUCGCACUCUGAAGCCGUCUGCUCACCUGCAAAUCGGAGAUAGCGCCCUUUCUCUCAUGAUCCUUAUAAAAGACGCUUAUAAAACACUUUAUUCAGUGUUACAUUAAAAAGACGUUUAUAAAAGCUAUUUAUAAAGCCCUAGUGGGAGACCGAGAUUGGAGUGAAUGUAAUAUAACUGGAGGAAGGGCUGCUCCGAUUGCUGCAGAAAUUUGACAUUAGAUUCACCGCACCUGCGGAGCGGCGGGAGCCAGCUACCAUUCUUCUCUACAGAAGAGCGUUUUCUCAUCAAUCGGGGGUGAUUACAGUUCUUCCUAAAAAGGAUGGCUGCUCUUUUUCUAAAGAGAUUAACACUACAAACUGUAAAGUCUGAAAAUAGUUGCGUCAGAUGUUUUGGUAAACACAUCGUGCAAAAGACAGCACCAGCACAGUCGUUCCCUAUUGCUUCUGCCCCGAGACUCUCCUUCCUAAUUCAUGUAGAAGCCUUUAGUACCGUUGAAGACACCAAGAGUGAAGGAAAAAAGAAAAAAAAGAGUCAAACAGCUUUUGGUAACAUUGGAAGAAGAAUUGGUCAGCGAAUUAUUCACUUAUUUGAUGAGAAGGGCAAUGAUAUGGGAAACAUGCACCGAGCGGAUGUGAUUAGACUUAUGGAUGAGCGAGACCUGCGACUGGUUCAAAGGAACGCCGGCACAGAGCCUGCAGAGUACCAGCUCAUGACAGGAAUGCAGAUCCUCCAGGAGCGGCAGAGGCUGAGGGAGAUGAAGAAGGCUAGCCCCAAAACUGGACCAACCCAGACAAAGGAACUGACUUUUUCUUCAAAUAUUGGACAACAUGAUUUGGACACAAAGACUAAACAGAUUCAACAGUGGAUUAAGAAAGAACGCCAAGUCCGGAUUACUAUAAAGAAAGGAAAAAAUGUAGACGUGUCAGAAAAUAAAGUGGAGGAGAUAUUUCAUCAAAUACUCCAGACUAUGCCUGGAAUGGCUACAUUCUUAUCUAGGCCACAAGCUAUUCAAGGAGGAAAAGCUUUAAUGUGUGUUCUUCGUCCUUUAAGCAAAAAUGAAGAGAAGGCAUAUGGAGAAACUCAAAAGACCCAGAAAAGAGACACUUUGAACCAAGACCAGGGAAAUGAUAAGGAAUCAGAUGUUCUGCAUCAGUAAUUUUAAUAAAGCAUGCUCUGAGAGAAAGUAA